AUGGGGCGAGAUCAGCAGGCGGAGGAGCGUGAAGUGGCGGAGGAACAUGGAGUCGCGGGGAAGCCCGUAGUGGCGGACGAAGGACGCGCGGUGGGGGAGCCUGGAGUGGCGGAGGAGCAUGGAGUAGCGGAGGAGCCCGGUGUGGCGGGGGAGCCUAAAGCGGCGGGAGAGGGUGGAGUGGUGCGGGAUCCAGGAGUGGCAGGGGAGCGUGGAGUGGUGGGGGAGCCUGUAGUGGCGGGGGAGCAUGGUGUGGCAGGGGAGCCUAUAGUGGCGGGCGAGGGUGGAGUGGUGGGGGAUCCAGGAGUGGCGCGAGAGCCUGGAGUGGUGGGGGAGCCUGGAUCGUCGGAGCAUGUUGUUGUGAGUCGUACCCCAAGGUGGCAGGAGAGAAAGACUAGAAAGCGAAGACGUGCUCAUAAGGGGUGUAGCAGUGACGACACGGAGGGUAAAAAGGCGGAUGUGUCUGUUGGUCAACGCUUCUGCAUUCAUUUCCACCAUUGCAUGAUGCGCGCUGCAACUAAGACAGAAGAAGGUCAUCCAAUGACUCCUCAAGAAGUGGCAGAUGAGAUUGGCGGGUGUGGUGAUCAUUGGGCAGGCAUACACAGGAGGUGUCAGCGAGAUGACUACACCCCCCUCUCCCCCUGGACUACACCCCCCUCUCCCCCUGGACUACACCUCCCUCUCCCCCUGGACUACACCCCCCUCUCCCCCUGGACUACACCCCCCUCUCCCCCUGGACUACACCCCCCUCUCCCCCUGGACUACACCCCCCUCUCCCCCUGGACUACACCCCCAUCUCUCCCUGGACUACACCCCCCUCUCCCCCUGGACUACACCCUCCUCUCCCCCUGGACCACAACCCCCUCUCCAACUGGACCACACCCCCCUCUCCCCCUGGACCACACCCCCCUUUCCCCUUGGACCACACCCCCCUCUCCCCUUGGACGACACCCCCCUCUCCCCUUGGACUACACCUCCUUGCAGCGCGCAUCAUGUACACACCUCCCUUCCCCCUCGGACUAUACCUCCUUUCCCCCUCCCAUCACACCCCUUUCCCCUCUGGCCGCCUCUUCCCCUCCCACAUGCACUCACCGGCAACAUCAUUCCCCCCUUCCUACCCUCUUCCUGCCCUCCUUCCUCCCAUUGUGCACUUACUACUCCCAUUCCGCCCAUCCCUAA